AUGUCAGCUCAAUCCACCGCCCCUUCCACCCCAGACGUUGCUAGGGAUUUCUCAGAUCUGGAAAUUUCUUCCACCGUCACCACUCCAGCCGCUACUCGACCCUCUUCCCCUAUUCCCGCUGCCUUACCACCUUCUCCACUCGCCUCUGGCAAACAUAAGAUCUGUGUAAUCGGAUCCGGAUCAUGGGGUACUGCCCUCGCUAAGAUCGCUGCUGAAAACGCCUGGAAGAGGAACGACGAGUUCCAUUCGGAAGUUCGUAUGUGGGUCAGAGAGAAGAUCGUAAAUGGAAAACCCCUCACUCACAUCAUCAACCGAACUCAUCUCAACUCUCGAUAUCUGCCAGACAUCAAAUUGCCCAAAAACCUCGUCGCUACACCUCAUUUGAAAGAUGUUGUCAAAGAUGCGACUUUGAUCGUUUUCGUCGUACCUCAUCAAUUCCUUCACACCGUUUUGGGUGAAUUGGGCAAACCCGGUGUUCUCCAUCCUCAAGCUCGAGCCAUCUCGGCUAUCAAGGGUGUAGAAGUCAACGGAACUGACAUUGAGACUUUUGCAAGUCUCAUUGAAGGCAGAGUCGGUACACCCUGUUCGGCUUUGAGUGGAGCUAACAUUGCUUUGGAGGUCGCAAUGGGACAAUUCUGCGAGACCACCAUCGGUUGUCCAACCCAUGAAGACUCCUUACUCUGGUCAGCAGUCUUCCACGCCCCCACCUUCCGAGUCAACGCUGUGGAAGAUGUGAACGGUGUAUCCCUCGGUGGAGCGUUGAAGAACAUUGUCGCUCUCGCUGCUGGAUUUGUAGAUGGAUUGGGUUUGGGUGGAAACACCAAAGCUGCUAUUUUGAGGAUUGGUCUGAGCGAGAUGACAGAGUUCUGUUUGGAAUUCUUUGCUGGAAGUCAAAGGGAGACCUUCUCAAACGAAUCCGCUGGUAUUGCCGAUUUGAUCACGACAUGUUACGGAGGAAGAAAUAGAAAGUGCGCAGAGGAAUUCGCAAAGACGGGUCAACCAUUCGACGUCAUCGAGAAGAAACUGCUCAACGGUCAGAAAUUACAAGGAACAGCCACUGCCGAAGAGGUCCACAACUUCUUGAGAGCGAGAAAGAGGACACACGCCUAUCCAUUAUUCGAGAAAGUCUACCAAAUCUCUUUCGAAGGAUUACCUCCUAAAGCUUUGGUUCAAGGUUUAUAA